UAUUCAUCGCAGAAAAGAAAAAAAAAGCCGAGACCAAACAAUCAAAAACCUUUCAGACAAGCUAAGAGAAAGAGAAGAAGAAAAUGGCCGCAGAAGAGGGACAAGUCAUCGCCUGCCACACCCCUGAGAGCUGGGAGGAGGAGCUCAGGAAGGGAAACGAGACCAAGAAGCUGAUUGUGGUGGACUUCACUGCUUCAUGGUGCGGACCAUGCCGUUUCAUUGCCCCAAUCUUGGCAGAGCUGGCCAAGAAGACCCCAGAUGUGACAUUCCUGAAGGUGGAUGUUGAUGAGCUGAAGAAGGUUGCUGAGGACUGGGCUGUAGAGGCAAUGCCUACCUUUAUGUUCCUUAAAGAAGGCAAGAUUGUCGACAAGGUUGUUGGUGCCAAGAAGGAUGAGCUUGUGCAGAAAGUAGGCCAGCAUGCUGCUGCCUGUGUUGCAACUGCUUCUGCUUAGUUUCUAUCUGGAGAGACAAUAAGUGUUUUAUUGUGUGUGUGUAUAUUGCUACCUCUAGUUUCCCUUGUUAUGUGAAGCAUCUGUGAAUGCUUUUGUUACAAUGCUCAGAAUCUUAUGAUGAUUCUAGCUAUGCAGUGUUUUUAAAUCUGAGUCACAUCUCCUUUGCUCAAUACUUUAUGCAAUUUCAGUUAUGCUUCUUUCAUUCAC